AACCAUUCCAGGCUAGCUAUAGCUAGUAUAUAUAUAGAUAGAUAGAAACAAGACAUGCAUGUAGAUCAUUUAGUUACACCAUUGUGAUACUCUCUCUUUUACCUGCAGUCAUAUACCGGGCGUCAAGUCUACGCUUUGAAUAGUGCGAAUGAAAUCAAAAUCAAAUCCUAUCCUGACUGCCUUGUCUACGGCAGCAUUUGGUUUCUUCAUCGGCGUUUCUUUUCCUGUCCAAAUCACACCGAAGGUAUUCCCAUGGAGCUUUGGUGAUGCAAACUCCACCUUCGGUGGCUGCAACGUGCUUGUCAGAUUUCGGGCACCACUCAAAAACAGCACAUCAGUUGUGAAGGGGACUCCCAUCCUGCAGCCAAAUGCCACUUCGGAGAUUGUUGCGCUGGCAAAGCCGAAAGGAGCGGAUAGGCUACCACCGAAUAUCGUAGUUCCAGAGUCUGAUCUUCACCUGCGCCGUCUGUGGGGAAACCCGCGUGAGGAUACGCCCACUCGCAAGUACCUUUUGGCGCUGACAAUAGGCUAUAAUGAGAAAGUCAACGUCAACGCGACUGUUCACAAGUUCACAGACAAUUUCGAUGUGGUGCUGUUCCACUACGACGGUCGGACGACAGAGUGGGACGACGAGUUCGAUUGGUCCAAGCAGGCCGUUCAUGUCAGCGUCAGGGGGCAGACCAAAUGGUGGUAUGCCAAGAGGUUUAUGCACCCAAGCAUCGUGGCGCCGUACGAGUACAUCUUCCUCUGGGACGAGGACCUCGGCGUGGAGACGUUCGACGCCGAGGAGUACAUGAAGAUUGUGAAGAAGCACGGGCUGGAGAUAUCGCAGCCGGGCCUGGACACCACCAGGGGGCCGAAGCCGUUCUUCGACAUCACCGUUAGAAGGAACGGCAGCGAGAUACACAAGUCGACGUCUGCGGGGAACUGCGUGCACAGGCGGCCGUGCAGCGGGUUCGUAGAGAUAAUGGCGCCCGUCUUCUCCAGGGAGUCAUGGACAUGCAUCUGGCACAUGAUCCAGAACGACCUGGUUCAUGGCCAUGGCCUCGACUGGAACUUCUGGAGAUGCGUCGACUUGCCUGAGGAGCAGAUCGGCGUGGUGGACGCGCAGUACGUGACGCAUCACGCGGUGGUGACGCUCGGCAGCAACGGAGGAACCCGCGCCAACGUGACAACCCGGCAGAAGACCGAGUUUGGGACCUUCAAUGCCAGAGUGAGCAAUGCGGAAAGGGCCCAGGCAGCAGCUCUACGUGCACCACCGGUCGCAGCCGCCAGAUCAUAAUCAUCAUCCAUCAACUAAACUUUUCUCAUUUUAAUUUUCUCUUCACGAAUUCAGUCUUUAUUCAUUUGAAGUCAAGGUACAGUUAAGUACUGGAGAACUUUAAAGAAAAAUCCGGUUAUUGGUUAGGCCAAUUGCACCAUUGCCUACUCUCCGGCCCGUGUUUGGCAAUUACCACAAGUCUGAGCAUCCGUGCGUAUUAGCAUCAUGGAAAACAUAGCAUAAAAAAAAGUUAUCAAAACGG